AAGAGCGAUGACGUUCUGCUGAGGACGGUCUGCUUCUGCGGGUCGUUCGCGGUUUAUUGUGAGAUAAUUAUUUCCGACUACACCGGUAACUAAUCGCCGGCUCACUAUGGCGGACGAAGAGAAUAAUUGUGAUGAGGGUGGUGGUGAGAUUAAAGCGGGGGCGAUGCGCCUUCGGGGCCGCAAAGGUGCCCUCAAGAAGAAGAAUGUUUACCUGGUGAAAGACCACAAGUUUAUGCCGAGGUUCUUCAAACAGCCAACAUUCUGUUCACACUGCAAGGACUUCAUAUGGGGCUUCGGCAAACAAGGCUUUCAGUGUCAAGUGUGCAGUUUCGUCGUACACAAAAGAUGUCACGAGUACGUCACCUUUACUUGCCCCGGAGCCGACAAAGGAGCGGAUUCAGACGACACGAGAACGCGUCACAAUUUCAAAAGUUGUACGUACUCGUCACCAACGUUCUGCGAUCACUGCGGCUCGCUGCUCUACGGCCUGAUACACCAGGGCCUCAAGUGUCAAGCAUGCGACAUGAACGUGCACAAACGUUGCGAGGAGUCGGUGCCAAAUUUGUGCGGUUGCGAUCACACCGAGCGACGGGGACGCAUACAGCUGAAGGUGUCCUGUGUUGGAAACAAGCUUACCGUUGAAGUGAUCCAAGGUCGCAAUUUGAUCCCGAUGGACCCCAACGGUCUCUCAGAUCCAUACGUCAAGUUGAAGCUGAUCCCUGAUUCAGACAACGUAAAGAAAAAAACCAAAACGAUCCGCAGCAACCUCAACCCUGAGUGGAAUGAGACCAUCACCUUCGACCUCAAGCCGGAGGACAAAGACAGGAGACUUCUCAUUGAGGUUUGGGAUUGGGAUAGAACCUCCCGUAACGAUUUCAUGGGUUCCCUCUCGUUUGGCAUCUCCGAGGUGAUGAAGUCUCCAGCAGACGGUUGGUUCAAGCUGCUCACUCAAGAGGAAGGCGAUUACUACAACGUGCCAGUGCCGGAGGAAGGAGCUGACUUGGCGCAACUGAAGAACCAGAUGAAGGCGACUAACUUGCAGACUCGCAGACCUCCGCCUCCGCCUGACAGAGAGGUCCCACACAACAUGGCAGCUGCUGACGUCAUACGAGCCUCCGAUUUCAACUUCGUUAUGGUACUCGGAAAGGGUUCCUUCGGCAAGGUGAUGUUAGCGGAGCGUCGCGGUACUGACGAGUUGUACGCCAUUAAGAUAUUAAAGAAAGACAUUAUUAUACAAGACGAUGACGUCGAAUGUACUAUGGUGGAGAAAAGGGUGUUGGCUCUCAGCGCUAAACCACCCUUCCUUGUGCAGCUGCAUUCCUGCUUCCAGACUAUGGACCGUCUGUAUUUCGUGAUGGAGUACGUCAACGGAGGAGAUCUAAUGUUCCAAAUACAACAGUGUGGCAAGUUCAAAGAACCUGUUGCUGUCUUCUACGCUGCGGAGAUCGCUAUCGGUCUGUUCUUCUUGCAUUUGCGCGGAAUAAUCUACCGCGAUUUGAAGCUCGACAACGUGCUGUUAGAUCAAGACGGUCACAUCAAGAUCGCUGAUUUCGGCAUGUGCAAGGAGGGUAUAACCGGCGACAAAACUACGAAGACCUUCUGCGGUACACCAGAUUAUAUAGCACCGGAGAUCAUUUUAUACCAGCCGUAUGGGAAGUCAGUGGAUUGGUGGGCUUAUGGUGUGUUAUUGUACGAGAUGCUGGUCGGUCAGCCGCCUUUCGACGGUGAAGAUGAAGAGGAAUUGUUCGCAGCCAUCACUGAUAACAGCGUCUCCUACCCCAAGACCCUCAGCAAGGAAGCGAAGGACGCAUGCAAGUCGUUCUUGACCAAGAACCCUCAGAAGCGUCUCGGCUGCGGCAUUCGUGGUGAGGAGGAUGUCCGGACUCACGCGUUCUUCAGACGUAUCGACUGGGCCCGUGUUGAGGCCAGAGACGUACAACCACCGUUCAAACCUAAGAUCAAACACCGCAAGGACGUGUCCAACUUCGACAAGCAGUUCACCCAGGAGAAGACCGAGCUGACACCAACAGACAAGCUGUUCAUGAUGAACCUCGACCAGACAGAGUUCAUGGGCUUCUCGUUCCUCAACCCGGAGUACGUCCAGCACGUCUGAGGCGGUUUAAAAUCAACGUGAGCCUUCUCAUAAGAGGUUCUCUUCUGUGCUGCUAUCGGCUGUCUCUGUCACUCUCGCGGCGUCCUCAUAUCGCUGUCUCACUCACUCCCUCAUAAACUUUUUCUACAGAGGAAGGAGUUUCGAAGAACAUGCUUCGGGAGAUAAUUUGCUCAUCCUAGUAUUUUAACCUGAGUAUUAACCUAGUAUUCGUUUCAUCCAUCCGUUAAGCAAUCAUCUAUAACUACGAAUUAUCCUAAAGCAAUAUCGAUGGAUGUAUUUCGGUAGUUUGUAACGCUCUCUGUUAUGUUAAUUUACUUAGUUACAUAAAAUUAUAGAAAAUAAGCUUCCAUUUUCGAAAAAAGAAAAAUCUCAAAUCUUCCAAUCGCUUAUGAUAAAUCUACAUUUAAAACUAGUUUUUUGUUUUACAAUUCUUUAAAAUCUUUCAAUAUCGUGAUAUUGGGGCCACUUCGUAAUAUUGAAUGUUGUAGUCUUUUUGAACGUAAUACAUAAUAUACGUGCGAAUUUAGACCUUAUCUGUUAAACUUUAAGAUCCUAUUCCCUUGUGAACUUUUUAGUACUAACUUGUCUUUAAUUUCUAUAUAUUUAUUAAUUUCUCAUUUACAUAUCAGUGUUGGUAUUUAGAUUAGUCGUGUGUUUGUUAUGGAAUUUAUUUCUUUAGAAAUUUAAGUUGAUUUUAAAUUUCCUAAAAUCCCUUGAAGUAUAUUAAUAUUUUGUUGCCAUAUUUACCUAUACGUAUUUUCUGAAUAUUAUAUAAAACCUUAAUUUAUACUUCGGCUGAAUCUUCUAGACAUUUAUUUUUUUAAUGGCCUGUUCCUGCCAUAUAAAUAAAAUCAAAAAAAGAAUCUCUAUAUCCUUGUUUAUAUUAUUAUUAUUUUUUAUUUAUAUAUUUUAAACGGCUGUUCGACGGCCGCCAUUAAGUUUUCAUUGUCUAUGUUGUUUUAAGUGUUUUAUUUACGCAUUUAACUUUUGUUGACCAUUUGUUUUUGUUUGAGCGUUUCUGUGUGUGAAUGCGUGCGUGACGCCAUUGUGUUAUUAUUAGACGGCAGAAUUAAAUUGUCACUUAUCGUAUUAGUAUUGUUAUUAUUAUUAGUGUUAUUUGUAUUUUCGUUGUAUUUAUUUAGUUUAGACGUCGUCUAAUAAUUUCGCAGUUUAAUUAAUAUAUUAAAUAGCCUUACUAACAUAAUUUAUAAUAAAUGAAACAUAAAAUAUGUAUUCUCGUUAGAUAAUAAAUGUGAAUUAAAAUGAAAUGAAGCUGUUGAUUCUAAAUUGAAGUAAUAAAUGACAUUUUAGAUGUGUUUAAUUUGUUAGUUUAAGUAUUAUACGGGAUGUUAUUAGAAAAUGUACCUUGAGGUAAAAGCAUAAGGUAUAAUAUUAAUUACUAUUUUCUAAUAAGAUCCUCCGAACCGUCUGUGGGAUCUGAGACGGUUCCGAUGACUAUUCUAGAUUUUAUUUGUAAUUUUAAUAUUAAUGGCGCUGACUCAUUUUCGUAAUAAAUUGUCAGUUUAUAAAAUCUUUGCUAUUUAAUAUCUAUAGUUAAAUAAUGCGAGAAUUGUCUCGGUGUAAGCGUAGAAUGUUCUAGACUCAUUCUAGUCUGACAAAGAAAAUGAGUCAGUUUAUGAUAAAUACAGCUGGAGAGGGAGUCAAGUAGCGCGGAGUCCUGCGCGAGGACCACAUACCACAUGAUGAUAUACGAUAUUUUCAACUUUAUUACAACGUGAUAAGGUUUUAAUUUAGACUGAUGUUGAGAAACUUUCCAAAUAUUAUUCGUUUAAUGAUUCUAAGUGACUGUGUGGUGUUAAGUUUACUUGAAUAAUGUCAUUGUACCAAUUUUAGAAUAUUUUUUUUAUAAAUAAAAUUUAUUAUUAAUGAGAAAUGUUUGACGUCAUAUCGUCAUGUGGUGUAUGCGAGCGCGCGUUCCAUACAUCCUUAGUAUUGAAACACUUUUAAUAAAAACAGACACGCGUAACGUACCUUAAAAAUAUACAUAUAUAGUGUGUUUCUAAUAUAUACAUAUAAAUAAACAAAUUCCUAAUAUCGAAAAAAAAAGAUUUGUUCUAAGUUAUUUAUUAAAAGUGUUUCACAACCCUCUUCCCGGCCAGUCUCGCUUCUAGUAUUCUAGUGUUUGUAACUCGAGUCACGUUCAUAGUUAUACUAUAUUAUACUACUAGUUUUAAUACUCUGUGUACAUGGAUGUCAAGUCAACUCACUAGCUAUACUUUGUUAUUGCGACCAAAACAAUGAGCUUAUGAAAUGUUAACCUACAUUAAAAUACGAACCGUACAUUGAUGUGACACUAUCGGUAUAUUGUAAUGCUCCAGGCAUUCUUAUUAUAUGGUUUAAUUGUAUCAGCGGAAAUGUACACAAACAAAAGCAUCAUAUACAGCAUUCUUAGAAGUUGCAUAAGUAUUCAACAAAGACAAAUUCCUAAUCAAAAUCUAACUCAAACCAAUUGAGAUACCAACAGAGAAUAAAUCCACACUAAUUGUGUAACUAUAACAGAAAAUACACGGAAUAGUAUAGCUAUUGUGUUGCUUAGUCACUGAUAUAGUUUCGACGAGUCUCUCGCCAUUUCACCCCGAACACCAAUUCUCAUAGAGUAAAAGUAUUAUAGUCGGUAUGACAUGUAUCACGUAGUGUUGCUAGCUUAUUAACUCUUCGCUAGUAUUUUAUUAUCGAUGAAAGUUUUAAAAACUUGUAUAUUAAUAAUGUUAAGAUCUCAUGUAAUUUAAAGUUACAAUUUUAAUGUAUCCGUCAGUCCGCUCUGACCGCUUGAUAGUUGCUUGCGCAUCUCUACCUCGGAUAUGUCGGAAUCUCAGCUUCUCAUCUAACAUUCGGUGAUUAUUUUAUUUAAAUUAAUCAAAAUUAUUAUUUUAAUUAGAUAUAUUCGGUUAUUUUACUACGUUUAUUUCUAAUGUCAUUUUAAGUUUUGAAGCCAAAAGAAUGUUAUUUUACGUUGAUUAUUACGUGACAUUGAUAGUUUUUAUUGAUUAAUGAGAACAAUAGUUGUUUCAGUGUGUGAACCAUUUGUAUUUGCUGUGGGAGUUGUUUUUAGUGGGAUGUGAAGUAGGCCUAACCUUCAUUAUAGAAUAAGCCUGUAGUGUUACAGGACAUUGUAUACUCUUCAACGUUCUCAUUGACGUUUCGCACGUUGCCUGUGCCAAAUAUUUAUAUUAUAUUUUAUUAUACGUUCUUUUUUAAAUCUAUACCAAUUUUUUUUAUCGCUGAUGAUAAACAUUGUUUAUAUUUUUUUAUUUCAUAAUUAGUUAUUAAUGAUCUUCAUGUUUUUAUAUAUAUUUACCACCUGUGACGUAUUUUGAUUCUCACCUCAACAUUCUCAAUACGCACUAAAUGUCUUUGUAACGCUAAUAAAGGCCGAAUCUAGUUAGUAUGUUUGACGUAGGAAUAUUUAAUUCAUAAAAUUUUAAAAAUUUUUAGAAAUAAAAUUUUUAAACAUACAAUUAUCCUUAUUAGGUAAUUUGAAUGAUAUUUCUAAUAUGUCAACACAUACUUAACUAACUUACUCAGAUAUGGCUAAGUCUCAAAACAAUAUAAAAUUUUAUUGUAUAUUUUUCGUUCCUUAUAUAAAAAACAUAAUCUGUGACUAUGAAUUAUGUCCCUCAGAAUGUACUCCAUAGUUGAUAGUUUCCAUUGAUAUUCAAUCGUGUUUUAUAUUAGCUUAUAUUCAUAAUAUAUUUGAUCGAUCUAACUAUUAAAAUGAAUGUAAUCACGUUAUAACUAUCUCUGUGAUAAUCAUCCUUCACAUAAGUAGAACUGUUUCGCGCCAAUUUUGAUGUCAAAAGCGUGUCCGCCAUUUUCUUUUCGUUAAAUGUCAUAAUUUAAAAAAAUGGUGCCAAAACCUAUAAUUUAUCCAUACUUUGGAGACAUUUGGAAAACAUUUACCUUUUAAAUUUCUUUAUCUUCUAAUUUUCAACGCGAAAGUUUUCUACUUAAUAAAAUUUAACUCUAAAAGAGCACUUUUAUAUUUGCGUUACAACUUACCUUUGCCUCUCACUAGUUUUAAUAUAUCAAAUUAUAAAUUUUAUCUAAAUUUCAAAAGAAUAUGUUCGGAAUAUAAAAAAAAUAUUUCUGGCAUAUCUUUUUUUUAUAUUUAUUGCAUAUUAUUAGUGUAGCGUAACAGAUUUCAAUUUGUAGUUACAUUUGCCAUUUUAGAAUGUAAAAUUGUCAUUUCAAACGUGUUGGUGAGCGUCGGACGAUCUCGUCCGUUCAGAAAUGUUUGGUUCUUCUCGAUUGUGAUCGUGGAUUGUACUCAAUAUAAAUUUCUAAUCCAUUAGA